CUCAAAUAAAGAAAUAUACAAAAGAAGAAAGUGGAAGGUAACUAAGCACCAAACCCAUAAUAAUCAAUAGUCAAUACCCUUUCAAUAAACAACAAGACCUCUUCUUCAUAUCUUAAAGAACCACAAGAAAGAAAAUAAAAGAUUAAAAGUUGGUUUCAAUGGAUGGCUUGAUACCAAUGGCGUUCAGGGCCGUGAAGAAGAACCUAACUCGCCGUCGUUACGAGUGUCUCUCUUCCUCCUCCACAACUCGUGACUCUUACAACUUCGUUUCCGAUACUGAAAGGAACGUAGAAGGGCACCAUCGCCGUCGCUGGUCCAUGGGAGACUUCUCAUCGUUAUCAAGCCGGGAAACAAAAAGAAGCAGCGGUGGAGCUAGGGAGAAGGGUUGUUCACCGCCACGUGAAGGUCAACUCGUGAGAUACAAGAGCCAUCGUUUGUUUUCUUGCAUCUCAGGUCAAUAGUAUAAUUUAUCAUUUCAAGAAAAUAGCAAACUCGAACUUUUUUUUCAGCGUGUUGGUUGGUUUAUGUUACAAAGAUGUGUGAUAUUGAAUCAUGUACAUAUUCGCUAUCUUGUUAUGAUCUUCUGAUGUCGUAAACUUUACGGUACAACAUGGGUGUUGUUGUGGAAAUGUAUAAAUGCUGGGUCUUAAACAAGAAACCCAAAAUUUG